UAAAUAAACAAGAAGAAGGAGCGUCGGUAGGAGAGUAGGAGGCGGAGUUGGCGCUUUUAGGACCCAGGGAGCGGAGAGGCACGGCGCUGUGAAACACCGCCUGUCCGAGCAAAUCAGCCUGGGAAAAAAAGGGAUAUCGGUGCGGACGGCGCUUCUUGGAAGAGAUCUUGAGACUCGGGUGUGAAUGGGAGCUGCGGGAAAUCCGCAGAGAGGAAGAGUGAAAGAAGAAAAGAAAGAGCAGAAAACAAAACCGACGGUGGUGUGUUUAUUAUUCCAGCCGGCUGGGAGGCUCGCGCUCUUUUCCAACGCUGAUCUCCUUUUGAGUGUUAGAGAUCCCCCGGUGCAGGUCAGGAUGCACACCGUGAUGGACUCCGAUGUUUAUUUGCGUGCAUCAAGUAGAUAAAGGUUUCAUCUGCGGGGAGGAAAGGGGGAAAAACAAGAAACAAAUGAUCCAGCGCGCGCGCGUGCGAGAUACACUGUUUCAAAACUGAGUGGAGAAAAGUGUCAGGAUUGUUGGCAUUGUAUGGUGCAGUCCUAGCGGGAUCCAACAGGAUGUCUCCCAGCGUCUUGUCAGCGCUGCCUAAAGGGAGACUUUAUCAGCAUCCAUUUCCUCUCUGGCAACUCUACAUGAAGAAUCGGCACACAAUGAUAAAGUACCAGUGAUUCCCGCCUUUUGACAUUCCUCAUCUCCCUACCCCUCUACCUUACACCCCUUCCCAGUCGCAAGCCUGACCAUGCUGCGUUUUCUACCCCUCAAACUGGGCCGAGUGUACCGCUGCCUAAAACUGCUCUUCAUUGUGGGACUGUUUGUCGUGCUUUUGAUGAACACACACACACUUCUUGCCUCCUUCCAAAAGAACGAGCUAACAGAUCGGCGCUUUAUCCACCUUAACAAGUGUCCAGCUUGCUUCGGCACCAGUUGGUGUCGCAAGUUCAUGAACGGCCAAGUAUCCUUCGAGUCAUGGGGUCGUCUGCGUUUUCUAGAUGUCUUCAAUGUAAAGAACGUUUUCUUUGCCCAGUAUGGUGAGCCACGUGAAGGCACGCGCCGCAUCGUCCUCAAACGCCUCGGCUCCAACCAGGAGCUGGCGGACAUUGACCAGAAAAUCUGCAAGAGGGCUACUGGUCGUCCUCGUUGUGAUCUCAUCCAGGCCAUGUACAAGACUGAGUUUGCACGGCUUAAUGGAGACGUUCGCCUCUUGACCCCUGAUGUAGUGGAGGGCUGGUCUGACUUGGUCCAUUGCCCCUCACAGAGACUGCUGGACCGGAUAGUCAGAAGAUAUGCUGAGACUAAAGACUCUGGAAGCUUCCUUUUGAAAAAUCUUAAAGACACAGAGCGGAUGCAGCUUCUGAUGACUCUGGCUUUCAACCCUGAGCCUUUGGUUCUGCAGAGUUUCCCGUCAGAUGAAGGCUGGCCGUUUGCCAAGUACCUGGGUGCGUGCGGCCGCGUGGUGGCUGUGAACUACGUGGGUGAGGAGCUGUGGAGCUUCUACGAAGCGCCAUGGGAGAAGCGCGUGGACCUGGCCAAGCAGCUGCUGGAAAUCGCCGAGCAGCUCACCAACAAUGACUUCGACUUUGCCCUCUACCUUCUCGACGUCAGCUUCGACAACUUUGCUGUGGGCCCCCGAGACGGCAAGGUCAUCGUAGUGGACGCCGAAAAUGUGCUGGUGGCCGACAAGAGGCUCAUCAAACAGAAUAAGCCGGAGAACUAUGACACGUGGUACGAGAGCCGCUUCGAGGAGUGCGAUAAAGAGGCUUGCCUUUCAUUCUCCAAAGAUGCUCUGUGCUCACGGGUCACCGUCGACCACAACUACUACGCCAUCUGUCAGAACCUGCUGUCUCGUUACGCCACGUGGAGGGGAAGCACCGGAGGCUUGCUGCACGAUCCGCCGCCCAGUGUGGGCAAAGACGGCCAUCUCGACGCCCUGCUGGAGGAGUGUGUCAAGCCCAAGACGCGGUACGGUCGCUUUGCCGCCGCGAAAGAGCUCCGGCAGUAUCUCACCGAGCUGAGCGGCACGGCAAGGUAAUGACCGAGAGGACUCCCGGGGAGCGGGCACUGACACUCUAACAGCUUCUUUCGCUCUUCGGGUCGGCGGAGGAGCUGUUUCGGAGCAGCGGAGAAAAAUUUCCGCAAGCUCCGAGAUCCGGCUUAAUGUUCCACCCUGCUGACUUUUUGAAAUUGUGUUUCUCUUUAAAGCGUGAGGAGCUAAAUGAAGAUCUCUAAAUGAUGGUAAAGAAAGAACACUUUCCCCCCCCGCUUUACUCAAGAUCAAACAUCCAUGAUCGUUGAUGGAUUCAUGUUUCAGUCCCAGUGUCAGCUCUGAAAGUUCAGGCUCAUCAUUCGAUCAUAUCUGAGGAUUCUUUAAAGGUAGAAGCAGCAGCAGCUGCUAUCGUACUUUUCUUCCAAAGAGUCGCUUGGAGAGACACAAACACGUUCAGAAAGGCAGCUGAAGAGUUCGGAACGCAGCAGCUCAGGAGGAAACCUAUCUAGGCCUCUUCACGCAAUCUCUAGACUUCCAGUGAGCUGGUGUUUGGCAAUCAAGCAAAGCGAAGGGUUUGGGGGGUGUUCAGGAUGAAAUAAUAACACAAACCCACAAAAAAACACAGCUGUUUUUGCUUUCGCAUAUACCAAAGAUUCUGGCUAUAUGUUGCUCCUGAUCUCUGUACAUUUCAGCAUCCUGAACUGAUUACCCCAAAGCCUGAGGCCUGGGGGCUCAGCAAAACAGACACAGUUUUUUCUUAGUGUGUGUGUUUAUCAAGCAGAAAGGACUGAAACUGUAUCCAGGGUCAUUCUUUGAUCUGAUUAAAUAACCACCAGGUCCAACUCAAACCUCGACUUUGAAAGCGGACACACUGAAAUGGUGGAGUGCUCCAGUCCAACCAUCCAAAUUCGAAUUCCUCAGCUCUGAAAUUGAUUUUAUCGCAAUUUAAUCACACGCCUCUGACAAUUAACAUCAGUUAACCUUCAGCUAUCAAUCUGCCUUUUUUUUUUUUUUUUUUUUUUUUUAACAAUUUAGCACAUUAGGUUUGAUUUUACACUUGGUGGACCAGUGAAUUAGACCUCUGUGUGUGUGUGUGUGUGUGUGUGUGUGUGUGUGUGUGUGUGUGUGUGUGUGUGAGACUGAUGCAAAUCAUAAUUUCCUUAAGCUUUGGGAAUGGGCUGGAAUCUGGAUAAUCACGAACAUCCGAACAUUUCAUACAAUACGAAUGUUGCUUCGUUCCUGGAGAUCUGAAGAUCUACACCCUGGCAGAACCCGCUUCCUCUCCCUGAUCAAAUCUUCGACUCGAGCCCUGCUGUAAUCUAAUUUAACCUCGGACUCGCAUUCAAAACCGGCGCGAACCGGGAUAGACCUCGAUUACAUACAGUAGGUCAGGCAUUAGGUUAGGGUAGGAUUCAGGUUCCACAUGGUUCUAUAGGGUUUCCACAUCACCUCGAACGUUCUAACGUGGAAAAGCAAUAAGUGUUGUUCCUCCACUGUCCUACCCUGGACUGUUUCGCACUUCUUAAGCAGCAGGUGGUGAGCGAUUUGUAAUUGUUUUUUUUUUUUUGUUGUUUUUUUUAAAUAAGAAGAAAAAGAAACAUCCGUCUGUUUGUGCUGUAAUUAUUUUUCAUUGCGUAUUCUAUCAGCGGUGUCUGAUUUUACUGUGCCUUUCAUUCAAAAUCUAUCCACAACUUUUCAGUGGGUUUAAUGAUUAAAUAAAUCAAUCAAUAUAUCUAUUUCAUA